AUGAUAACAAUACUCAGCGGAUUUUGCUUAUUAUACAAUGCUCAUUUAAUAUUUUAAUGGGACUAUAAAAUAAUCAUUAUCUAUUGCUGCGUAUCCUCCUUCACAAUAAUGGUACAUAAAUUACUUAAAAGUAGAAAGUAUAACAAUUAAUUAUUAUAGUCUUUCCCAAUACUGUUGUUUUAAUAUUUUUGAAAGUUUACUUUUAAUAUCCUAUUUACUUUCCAUAGUAUAUUAUAUAGAGAUAGAGAAAGUGAAUAUUAAUUUCAUUUCUUAUGCUCAACUUGUUUUACAAUUCUUGAUUUUAUCAGUCACAGUUCUUGUGAAUAGAAGUACAUCAGAUAGUGAUACUUUAGAUUAAUCAUUUUAGAUUUAAGAGAUUGUAAAUUGAUUAUAAAUUUUUAGCUAAUAGCUGCAUUUAAAAGUAUCAGUGCUCUUCAACUUGUAUUUGUAAGUCUUAGGAUAACAGAACAAAUAACUUGGGGAUGGAUUUAAACAUUAAUUAUUAUAUGGUUUCUUCUUGGAUUGUCCUUUGUAAUAGCCAUAUGUUUAUUAAUUGAUAUACUAUAAAAAUGCAGAAAUAAAUAAGAUGGUAUUGAAGAAGAUAAAAAAUCAAUUAUUAGUUAAAUUAAUAUAUAUAUUUAAGUUUAAGGAGGAAUUUGGUUAAAUUUGAUUUCAUUUGGAAUCACUCUAGUACCAUUUACAACACUAUUUGGAUGUGCAUUAAAUUAUGAUUUUAAAGUUAUCUAAUUAAAUUAAUAUGCAUUUGGAUUAACUAUUCUAUAUUAUCUACUAUAAUUAGCUUAUUUUUAUAAGUUUAAAUAAAAACUAAUGUAAGAAAUCAUUAAUAAUAGAGUGAUUACUUUUUAUAUUAUGAUAUGGCUUAGAGCAAUCUAUAUGUUGAAUAAUAAAUAUAAUAAAUAAAUUAAAAUCAAAAUUAAAUUGAAAAUAGAAUAUAACUGAAAUUGAAAAGAAUGCAUAAAAUAAGUAUAUCUAAAGUACCUUAAUUCAUGGUUAAAUUAUCAUAAACUUAUUAUAAAUGUGCAUAGAAUAGUGAUUAAUAACAUAAAUCAUCUAUUAUUAUGCAACAAAAUAAAUAAAAUUAAAUAGAUAAUAAAUAUUAAGUGAAUGAUGAUGAUUAAUCAAAAAGAUUUGAUAUAUUAUUAUCUAGUCCAAGAUAAAGAUUAGAAAUUAGUUCAAGUUUAGGAUAAGAUUUAACAAGUAGAAAUUCUGAUAAAAAGUAAUUCGAAGAUUAAUCUUAAAUUAAAUAAGAAUAAUAGAAUCAAAAUUCUUAAAAAUUAUGUUUAGUAUGUUAUGAAAAAGAAAGUAAUAUGAUUAAUAUGCCAUGUGGUCAUGGUGGAUUUUGUAAAGAAUGUUGUGAGUAAUUGUUAAGCAAAAGUGAACUUUGUUACUUAUGUAGAAAACCUGUUACUCAUAGUUUACAUAUCUAGGAAGUUCAAAAUAGAGAGAGUUUAGUAGAAGUAAUUGAAGUUUUAGAACAAUAAAAUUACUGA